GAGGAUAAUCAGAUCCUGCAUUUCCCCCUCUAUUCUUUCACAUCUCACUCAACUCUUAAAUCCUCUCUCAUUCUCAUCCAAAAACAAAACCUCUAACAACACUUCAUACAGACCAAAUAUCUCACACCCACAGACAAACACAGAUACUGACACCCAAAUUAAUCCAGUUUACACAUUUUCUAAUUCCCUCAAUAAAAAAAAACGAUUUUGAUAUCAAAAUCGAAUAGCCAAAUGGCUUAUUAAUCAGAUCCAUCUUCUUCUUCAAAAUGGGUCACCCCAAUUUCCCACCUUGGAAGCGCACAAACACUCGUCAAUGGCGUCUCCUAGACCUCAUUUCCAUUGCUUUCUUUUCCUUACUCUUUCUCUUCUUUGUUCUCUUUUACACCACCCUUGGUGGCCGCCGGGUAGUCGGUCCAUCUACCAUCGACCCGCAACAGCGCACUCGCAUUGUGGUGGCGAUCGAGGAGGGGAUGCCAAAUGGGAAGAUCAUUGAGGCUUGUCCUGCUAGUGAGGCGGACCACAUGCCGUGUGAGGAUCCUAGACGGAAUAGUCAGCUCAGUAGGGAGAUGAACUACUAUAGGGAAAGACAUUGUCCUCUGCCGGAGGAGACAGCACUCUGCUUGAUUCCGCCGCCUAAGGGGUACCGGAUCCCGGUGCCGUGGCCAGAAAGCAUGCACAAGAUAUGGCAUAGCAACAUGCCACACAACAAGAUUGCUGAUAGGAAGGGCCACCAAGGAUGGAUGAAACGAGAAGGUCAACACUUUUUAUUCCCCGGCGGCGGUACAAUGUUUCCAGAUGGAGCAGAGCAAUAUAUCGAAAAACUCAGUCAAUACAUUCCCAUAAAGGGAGGUGCUCUGAGGACUGCACUUGACAUGGGGUGUGGGGUUGCUAGUUUUGGAGGAUAUUUACUAGCUCAAAACAUUUUAGCUAUGUCUUUUGCUCCAAGAGAUUCACAUAAAUCACAGAUACAAUUUGCCUUGGAAAGAGGAAUACCGGCUUUUGUCGCUAUGCUUGGGACUCGAAGACUGCCAUUUCCUGCAUUUGGAUUUGACUUAGUUCAUUGUUCUCGGUGUUUGAUCCCAUUUACAGCCUACAAUGCAACUUAUUUCCUUGAAGUAGAUAGAUUACUUCGCCCUGGUGGAUAUCUAGUAAUCUCCGGUCCGCCUGUUCGGUGGCCUAAACAAGAAAAAGAAUGGUCAGAUCUCCAGGCUGUUGCAAAAACCUUGUGUUAUGAACAGAUUACUGUAGAUGGUAACACUGCAAUCUGGAAGAAGCCGGCCGGAGAUUCGUGUCUUCCUAACCAAAAUGAAUUUGGUCUCGAGUUAUGUGAUGAUUCCGGUGACUUAAGUCAAGCUUGGUACUUUAAAUUGAAGAAAUGUGUAAGUAGUACAUCAUCUAUCAAAGGAGAUUAUGCAAUUGGAACAAUUCCAAAAUGGCCAAUGAGGCUAACUGCCGCACCUUUGAGAUCCACUCUCCUGAAAACCGGUGUUGAUGUAUACGAGGCCGACACUAAGCAGUGGGCGAGGAGGGUUGCGCACUAUAAAAAUUCUCUGAACAUAAAGUUGGGGACUCCAUCGAUACGCAACAUCAUGGACAUGAAUGCUUUGUAUGGAGGUUUUGCAGCUGCCUUAAAAUCUGAUCCCGUGUGGGUAAUGAAUGUAGUUCCGGCUCAAAAGCCACCUACUCUUGAUGCGAUCUUUGACAGAGGCCUUAUUGGGGUCUAUCAUGAUUGGUGUGAACCUUUUUCAACAUACCCUCGAACAUAUGAUCUGAUCCAUGUGGUUAGCAUUGAAUCGCUUAUUAAAGAUCCAGCUUCUGGUAAAACCAGAUGCAACAUUGUUGAUUUGAUGGUGGAAAUUGACCGCAUAUUGCGGCCAGAGGGAACCAUUGUGGUGAGAGAUGCUCCUGAAGUAAUCGACAAAGUAGCUCGCAUUGCUCAUUCAGUGAGGUGGAAGCCGACCAUUUACGAUAAAGAACCUGACUCACACAACAGCGAAAAAAUUCUAGUUUUGACCAAGACAUUCUGGAAGCUCUAAUUCUCAUCCCAAUUACAUAUGUGUAAUUAAGGUAAAAUUCCUUUGAUUGUCCAGUGGUGGUGUCAAAGAUAUAUCUUUCUUUGCAUCAAAGAGAAGCAGUCUUGUAACUUGGUCAUGUAAAGAAGACUGUAAAGUUAGGGAAUGGCAAAAAAUGGAAAACUUGUGCAGUUCAUGUGGAGAGCAUAUAUGUGUUCAUUAUAUUUUCUCUUAGCUUCAUGGAUGAAUUGUAAUUCAAUUUUUUUUAUUUAACAUUACUUAUUCAUUGAGAAAAAAGAGUUAAUCAUAAUUCUAAUCCAGCUAUAUUUUGCA